UGACAGCAAAGCAAAAACCGAUCAAGUGUCGACUGUCGAGAUUGAGCAGAGCGCGGCAAAGAAAUCUUGAAAGAAAUUCUUUGCUUUUAUUUCAUCAUCACGUCUUGUCGCUAUUUCAUUGUUCCUUCCAUUUUCGAUAAUUAUUUAGUUUCACUUUGUCCGGUAUCGCGAGUGGCUUGCUGUUUAUUGUUUUAAGGUUAUUUCGCCGGUGCUUUGCUUUUAGCAUAAUUAAAUUGAAAAGAAUUUUCCUGAAGUGAUAUUAUUAUUAUUACAAAAGUACAGAUGGCCAACCAAGGAUUUCUGAAACAAAAACCCGGCUACGCAACAAUCGCGAUCCACGUUGGCCAAGAUCCAGACAAGUGGAACUCUGCAGCUGUCGUCCCACCCAUCGUCACAUCAACCACGUUCAAGCAGCCUGCACCCGCCGAACAUACAGGUUUUGAAUAUGGCAGAUCUGGUAACCCAACAAGAAACACUCUCGAGGAGUGCAUAGCGGCGCUCGAUGGUGGCAAAUAUGGCCUCACAUUUGCUUCUGGUCUCGGAGCCACGACGAGCAUAGUAGGCCUGCUGAGCAAGGGAGACCACAUUAUAUCCUCAGACGAUAUUUAUGGCGGAACAAACAGAUUGUUCAGACAAGUGGUGGAACGAUUCGGAAUAGAAACAUCUUUUCUUGACUUUACUAAAACAGAAUUGAUCGACAAAUCAAUUCGAAAAAACACUAAGAUGAUAUGGAUAGAGACUCCAACGAAUCCAAACCUGAAAAUAGCAGAUAUAGCAGUAAUCUCCAAGAUAGUCAAAAGUUACAACAAGGACAUAAUUGUGGUUGUAGACAAUACGUUCCUAACUUCGUACCUUCAGCGGCCGUUGGAGCAUGGCGCUGACAUGGUCAUGUACUCCUUAACUAAGUACAUGAAUGGACAUUCCGACGUUAUAAUGGGAGCGACUGUUUUAAAUGAUAGUGAACUUGAGAAGAAACUUCGCUUCCUGCAAAACGCAAUGGGUAUCGUCCCGUCACCUAUGGACUGCUACUUAGUGAACAGAAGUCUGAAGACCUUGGCCCUCAGAAUGGAACAGCACAAGAAAUCUUCCCUAGUCGUAGCAAAGUGGUUGGUUGAACAUCCUAAGGUCGUUGAGGUGUACCAUCCAGGUCUACCUUCACACCCACAAUACGACAUCGCGCGAAAACAGAUGACGGGCCACUCGGGCGUGUUCAGCUUCAGACAUUCUGGAGAUCUCGAAGAAUCUAGAAAGUUCCUCAGUUCCCUCAAAGUGUUCACGCUGGCUGAGAGCUUGGGAGGGUACGAAAGCUUAGCUGAGUUGCCAUCCCUGAUGACGCACGCCUCAGUUCCCGCGGCUCAGAGGGUGGAACUGGGCAUCACGGAUUCGUUGAUAAGACUGUCAGUCGGGCUAGAAGACACUGAGGACUUGGUCGCUGAUCUGGACCAAGCAUUUGUCGAGGCCUUUCAAUAACUAGAUAGAUACAUAUAGCUAAAUAUUAUUUCGAUGCAAAAAUGUCUGCCAUGUUUAUAGACGAGUAUAAAAGCAUAAAUGGAUUACAUUGUUUUUUGUGACGCUAUGGGUGUGAAACAUAUUGUUAUAUUAUGAAAACGCGCACCAGUCAGUCAAACCAAGAUUUGAAUUUACAGUGCCACCAACAUAACAGUGAAAAGAGUUUCGACAUUCAAGACAUUCGACUGCAAUCACUGCAGUACUAUAUUUUGUUCUGUGGUUCUGUGCUGCAGUAUUGUAGUUCAUUCUGGUAUUAUCGCCAAAUUGUUUGAUGAAUUUUGGGUUGCCAUAUUGAAAAUUGCUGUACUCUACGGGAUUUUUUUUAAAACAUGCCAUAUUAUACGAGUUCUAAAUUAAUUCUCCACUAUACUUAUAAAUUUUGAAUUAUUAUUUUGCUUUUAUAAUGUUGCUAGCUUGUUAAACUCAUUUAUAAAAUAUUUAAAAGUUUGUUAAGCAUUUUAAAUUAUUAUAUUAAAAGUAUAUUUGAACGUUUCGUUUUACGAAUUUUUUACAUCGGUAUACAUACCUACUACUUCUACAGUAUUUCCUCGAAUUUCUCCAAUGAACGAUAGGAGGGCAAUACUAAAACAACGCCAUGAGCGAAACAGCCUUCAGUUGGUGGCUCUGUAAUAAGCGCUGUCGAAUCUUUAAACGGGAAUUAGCGUUUCUACUAACUAUUAGGUAGUAAAAGAAAUAUAUAUUUUUAACAUAGAAUGUUUGGCAUAUGACAUAAAGAAGUUUAUAAUAACUAUAGGUACAAUAGAAAAAUUAGCAAAUGUUAAUGUAUUAUUCGAAUAUUAUUCUAAUAAUGAUCUAAAGGUCAUUAAAUUAUUCAGUUACCGAUUUGGAUGAUAUUCCUUAAAAUAUAUAGUACGUUUUAUCAUCACAAUAUCAUCUGAAUGAAAAACUUAUAUGAUCGUAUUUAUUAAAUAUUUAAGAAUGGAUGUUUUUUUUUUUAAUAUUUUAUAUUAAGACAUUGCUUAUAAGCUCUGUGAUUUUAUGUUUGUAUACGAAUAUCGUUUCAAAAGACAUAGGUUUUUUAUAUGUAGAGUUAAGUUACAUAAAUCCUUUUAAGUUUUAUAUAAAUUCAAUGUUGUGGUAGUUAUAUUUUUUCUAUUUAUUAUGUAGAUACAGUUUUGAUAAUGCAUUUUAUUUGUUACAGUAUGACUUUUUUAAAUAAUAAUUGUUCUGUUUGUUCAUAUUUUCAGGUUUUUAAAUUAAUAAAAUAAUAAUGUUGUUUAUGUCCAUUUUAUGUCAGUAUUUACGUUGUUGAAUUCUGAUUGAUUUUAAUAAUAUUGAAGGUCCAAACGCAUUUGCGCUGCGCUGUGCGACGCUGCAUUGCCUCGCUCCAUACAAACUUCAUCUCAAAGAGUAUGUAAUCACUAUGUUAUUUGUCGCGCCGCGCGUCGCUCAAGUGCGUUUUGCUCCAUACAAACUUGCAUACUGGGUACAACAUCAGCCGCGUCGCGCAGCGCAGCUUACGUUGCGUUGGGGCCUUUACUGGUACCUACUACCUACUAUGCGUUUGAAAUAUGGAGACUAUCGACAAGAUAAAGCGUAACUCUUAAUUUACCAAACUUUUUAUUUUUAAAGAAAUCCAAUAAAAAAUACAAACGUAUUAUUUACAAAGAUAAAUAAUUUUCUGGUAAUGUUCCUUUUUUUAUGGUCUUUGGGCUGUGGUGUUUAAAAUCUCAAAAUUGAUUAAACAUGUUAAUACUUA